GGCCCGUGCCGCCCCCGGGUGCCUGGGCCGGCGGCGGCGCCGCUCCCGCCGCGCUCACUCCGCGCUCUGUGAAGAGAAGCCCACAAGUGCAGGAUGCCUGAAAACCAUCUCUGGACAAAUUGGAAGUCUAUUGGAUAUUCAUGUAAAUGGGUCUGCUCUCCGAAGAGGCGAUGCAGUAGAUGUGGUGCUUAGUCAUGGCAUCAGAACUGUGCAAAACAAUCUCUGAGGCAAAGCUGGAAAGGCACAAGAAUUUGUUCUUAAAUUACCGAAAUCUCCAUCACUUCCCUCUGGAGUUACUGAAAGAUGAGGGGCUGCAGUACUUGGAGAGACUUUACAUGAAAAGAAAUUCCCUGACCACAUUGCCAGAAAACCUUGCACAGAAGCUUCCAAACCUCGUGGAAUUGUACCUUCAUUCAAAUAACAUAGUUGUUGUACCUGAAGCCAUUGGCUCCCUGGUUAAGCUGCAGUUUCUGGACCUGAGUGACAAUGCCCUGGAGAUCGUGUGCCCCGAGAUCGGCCGCCUGAGGUCCUUGCGGCACCUCCGCCUGGCAAACAACCAGCUGAAAUACUUACCUGCAGAGGUUGGAGACCUGCGGGAGCUGCAGACUCUGGACAUCUCCACCAACCGCCUGAUGACGUUACCCGAGAGGCUGCACAUGUGCCUUUCCCUGCAGUACCUGACUGCAGACAGGAACCACCUGUGGUCUGUGCCCCGCCACCUGUGCCAGCUGCCCAGCCUCAACGAGCUCUCCAUGGCUGGCAACCGCCUGGCAUUCCUGCCCCUCGAUUUAGGUCGUUCUCGAGAGCUCCAAUAUGUUUAUGUGGACAACAACAUUCACCUGAAAGGCCUCCCAUCUUAUCUGUACAAUAAAGUCAUUGGUUGCAGUGGUUGUGGUUCUCCAAUUCAAGUUUCAGAGGUGAAACUGCUCUCUUUUUCAUCAGGCCAGUUAACUGUGUUCCUGCCAGCAGAGGUGAAAUCUAUAGGGACAGAAAUAGAUCAUGUCCUGCCUUUGCAAGAACUGGCCAUGAGGACCCUCUAUAACACCUACUACAGGUUUUUGAAAGAUUUAAACUUUCUGACUCCAAUCUCACUACCCAAAAGCCUCUUGGAAUUGCUGCACUGUCCCUUGGGACACUGCCACCGCUGCAGCCAGCCUAUGUUUACCAUUGUCUACCCAAAGCUCUUUCCCUUGAGGGAAACUCCAAUGGCAGGAUUGCAUCAAGGGAGGACAACUGUUAGUUUUGUGGCAUACUGCUGCUCCACCCAGUGUCUGCAGACUUUUGACCUACUGAGUUGAUAAACAUUUCAACCUCCUCAGGAGUGCUGCCAGUGUAAAGCUGCGUUCGAUGCCGUGUCCCCGUGGUACUGGAAUACCUUGUGUGCUUGUGCCAAAGCAGCAGAAGUGCCCAGUCAGGAACACUCUGAGGCACUUAAAUCCUGCCCUAUCAAAUCUGGAUGAACUGCAGGAACUUUUCAGAAGUGUAAAUACUGAGCUUUUAAAAGUAUUAAUUUCUUUCUCCUCCAAGGCAGCACACAAACCAAACACAUUCACAAGCUCUGACUUCAGGAUUUCCAGUAUUUUUCAAAUGUGCCUGAUUUCAGGUUGACCCAUUGCAUCAUUUGAGGCAGUUGCAUUCCUCUAACUGGAAAAAGAAAAGUUCAGUUAUGGCAAACAAAUUUUUCACUUAUUCAUCCCUGUCCUCUUCCCCUGUACAGCUGCAAUCAGGUGUGCUGCUGUAAGCCUGCAGAAACCUUUGAUGGAUCCCAGUGACUUUUCCAUAGAAUUCAGCCUUACUUUCUCCCUCUCAUCUUAAUGUUUACUGCAGCAGAGUUAUCCCAGUUGUAUACCAAGUCUUUGACAGUUCUGUGUGGUAUUUAAAUCCACAUGCUAAAAGCAGAUCUUUCUUUCUAGUAUCAUUAAAUACCACAGUUAUUUAAUGGGAGUAGCUAGGAUAUGUCUGGAGACUGAAGAUCCUGUUUCAGUGAAGGCUGGUACUGAUGCCUACACUAAGGGCUCUUGCUCCAGCAUGUUUGAGGGUGUGUUGUCUUUAUUUUCAUUGCUUUAUUUUUAUAAAUAGUUCUCCUUUUGUUCCACAGAAUUCUUCAGGAAGAAGACAACUUUAAGUAUCAAUUUCCCUUGGAAAAAAUCCAACUAGUAAUAUGAUAGUAAACUUUAUAUUUAUUGUAUUUUUACAGUUGCAGGCUGUAGCUCUGCAAAGAGCUGGUCUUGAUCUUUUUCUAGAUUCAGCAUUUGGCUGAUUUGUCCAAGUGUGUCAGUGCAUUGUGUGCCUUGGAGAAGGCUGGAAGUCCAGGAGCAGGUGUGUUUCUCCAUGCACAGGUAUAUUUGCACACAUGGCUACCUACAUUGAAGGGCUGGGACUUUUGUUUUUAUACAUUAAUGGCAGAUUUGGUGCAAAUUGCCACUCACUGUCAUGUUUGUGGGAAUCUUUUUUGUGACAUCUUGUUUAUUUUAAAUAAAGAACAAAGGAUGGAAAAAAGGCCCAAAAUGCCUAUGUGACUAAACAUUUUGAUUUUAUACUAAAACAGUUUAUGGAUGAUUAGCACCUUUUGAUUUGUUUUUGAAUAUGUAAUAUUUUUUAAUAUAAUUUGUUCUUUUUUUUUUUUUACUUUCUAUUUCUUAGGUAUAAACCACUUGUUGAUUUAGCACAGUGUGCUGCUCUGUGCAGUAGGUAGUUACAAGCUGAAAUAGAUAUGAAUGAAACAGUUUGUUAUAAAAAUGGCAAGAUAAAGAGACUUAUUUGGUAGUGUAUUAGCAUAUGUUGUGGUGAGGUGUGCGUACUUUGAAGGCAGGAGGCAUUAAAAUGUUUUCCUGUUGCCAAAGAAGCAUUUGUUCCCUCUGCAGGCUUCCUGGCAUCUCUUCAAUAAAUAGAGUAUCUUAAGAGCUUAAAAGAGUACCAAAAAGGCAGUUUUGAGGGUGGAAUUUUUAGGUUGUGCAUGUAACUUGUAAAAAUCUUUCCUGGUUUUAUUGGGUUGGUUUUAGAGAGUUGAAUUAGCAUUAAGAAAUGUAGAACUUAAUCAUUCAGGAAUGCAAGUAUCAUCUACUGCUUAAGAAUUGUGAAACUUUCUAAAAUAAAUCCCAUUUAUUAAAUCUGCUUUGCAGUAGGGGAAAGAGCCAUGUCCAAGCAGCCUUGGUGCUUUUGCAUUUCUGUCUGUGUCAUUUCCCAGGUUUGUUUCCAUGUUGGAAUCCCAGCAGUCCCAGCCACCCCACAGGGUUCACUGCUGAGGCAGCAAAAUCCACCUUCAGCUUUAUCCUUUUCCUUCAGUACCUCAGAACUGAGAUGAAAAUUGCCCAUGUACAGUUAUAUCUGUAUCAGAAAUGUGCAAGUGUAGGACAGAAUCCACUUUUUUAAAAAGAGAUGAUAAAAGCUAUGGUAGUGUUACAGAUGUUAAUUUUUAUACAAUACUCUGAUCAGGAUUUUUCAGUAUUAAUUUUUACUGUGGCUUCCUCUGUCUCUGAAGGAGAUGUUUUCUUGGAAGUUUUUGUCCUCUUUUUAUAGCAAGUUGUAGACUUGAAAUCACAGUUUAUAUCUGAAUUCAGCCUGUAAAUUACUAUUUUGGAGUUAAAUCUGGCUGUGAUCACCUAAAAGACAUCAGCAUUUGUUUUAUUAGGAGUCAAGACGAGUGAAGCUUGAUUUUAUUACUAUACCUAUUUAUUUUUUUUCUUCUUCCUAUAAUUUAAUUAUUUCUUAUUGAGUCUGCAGCAGUCUCUUUAUUAUUGUCUCCAAGUGCAGUUCAGAAGAAAUUUAGCCUGUUCUAUAAGCAGGAUGAAUCUUAACUAACACUUUAAUAGAUGAUAUUUCAAGAAUGGAAUGUUCAAUAAAUAAAUGACUUAAACAUGCAAUUGAAGCUGAAAUGUCAUACCCUAUUUUUAUAAAACAAAGAAGGGGAAAGACAAUAUAUAGACUGAGAAUGCAGCUUAAAUUCAUGUUUGAUGUUUUGGGGCUUUUUUUUUUUAUAUGAACAGUGUUUUUAUUCAUCUGUAUCUUUGGGUGAUAUUCUUCUAGAUUAAAAUAACUCCAUUCUCACUUGUCCAAAUUUUUCUAAAGUUGUUCUGCUGUAAGAGUAUUUCAUAACCAGCAAGCAUGAGAGCCAGCUAUGCAAAUUGCAGAGAGGGAUUUUGUUGCUGAUUGAACUGUGCAUCACUGGUUUUUCAAGGUGCCACAGUGCUUGGACUUCUCUUUAGUUCGUUUGUUUCUGGGUAAUUUUUGAUUUCUUGCUCUGGUUUGUCAGGUUAGUUCCCACCUAGAUAAUUUCUUCUGUGUACUACAAAACCUCAGGUGCCAGAUGUUGAAAAAAAGGACCAUUUAAAAAGUUUUUUUGUUGUUAACAGUAGAUCUUAAUUCUUUGCUUAGAGUGGAAGCAGGAAAA